AUGUCGGGCUUUGGCUCCAGAGCAGCUGGCUCUAGAGCAGCACUUGACAAACAGCAGAGUGCACUCAGAGUUGAAGAGUUGGCUUCUUUGCUGGAGCGUGUAUCCCCCGAAGGAACAGAAGUGAUCACUAGGAUUCAGUCUGUCCUAAACAUUGACCCUUUCUUCUGGAUUUUGCUGAUGUGUGGGCUGUUAAGUCAAAUAGUCGAAACGUUACAGGACAGCGAGAACCCGAUCAAUGAGCAGAGUCUGUACCAUAAGCUUCUGUUGGCUGUAGAAGGAAACAGACACAACAUCAUUGACGCUUUGCGCACAAAUGCAUUGCACUACAUCGCAUACCUCCUGGUCGAUGCUGGUACCGGAGAUUGCCAAACUCGAGGUUUAUACCUUUUGCUGGUUUGGCUCUGCUCUGAAGAUGGGGAUCCUGUGGCUCCAAGGCAUGAUGGCGAAAUCUCUCUUCCAAAUGACGAAUACCCUCUCCAGCUGAGGAAGAAGCUCGUCGAUAAGCUGUCAGAAAUAUUUCACGAUGGACAGCGGGAUGAUCACGGCCGAAAAUUAGCAGGGAAAAUCUUAGUGGACAUGUUACUGGAAUGGAAAGACUUGAGCCAGGCGGACCUAAGACCUUUAUGGAUGAAGUUCGAUUCAUCCCCUGACAACACAGUUUUAGGAUUUUUCGCUGGGUUGAUCACUCACAGACUGCUUUCCUCGACGGCCGACGGGAAGUCUGCAUUUGACUUAGUUUAUACGCUUCGUGAAACCCCGUUUUGUUUCUAUUUGGAAAAGAUACAGUUCGAUCCCCCGAAGUUUCUCGCGGAUAUAUCAGCCAUGAUGGGACGAAUCCCAAUAAUAUAUGUGCCACAACAAUUGCCGGUGCCACGGGCUCAGGUGACAAAUUAUAUUCUCCGGUCUGUCAGUAUAGACUUGAAGAGUCUGGCGAACAAUAUCGUGCUUGCAGCUUUAAGUCCUACGGAAUUGACAUUCAUAUAUUCCCCGGCAGAUGAAUGCAAUGGGUAUUUCGAAUAUCUUGAGAUAUCGUUUCCGAACCCACGAUACAUCCAUACAUCAUUUCAUAUAGAUGAUGCCAAGAACCAGCACCUGGUAUUGUAUAUUGACGACGCGGGUCUCGUUUCCAGAAAUGGACAGAAACAAAGAGGAGACAAGUUGACGAUAAGAAUAGUUUCCAGUGAUAAUCUGUCGGAGCUUAAAGAGAGACUGCGUUCGAUCACCGGCGAAGACAAACAGGCGAACAGGAGUGGCUCCAUGAGUCGAAGAUCGUCGUCCAUGAUCAUAACCUUGGACUCGAUAGAAGAUAUCGCACGGAAAUCUCUUCUUAACGAAAGAGCCCACGAAGAGAGCCUAAGGUCCAAUGCAGUCCGGCCCGACGGAGCAAUUGUUGGGACCCUGCUGGAUAGUAACCAAGAAAGCCAUUCACAUCAAGAGACAAGUCAUCUAGAAGAUGCUGAAAUCACCCAGGCAAGUACACCAAAAUGUAACAUGCCCCAGAGACAGGAACAGAAUAAAGAUGGGAACAAUGUCAUGACCAUGUCUCCCGCACGGAAAACUCCUGUCAAAGAACAGCUUGAGGGAGUAUUCGAUUGCUCAAAUGGAGACCAGUCAAAAUCGCCAUCCGUAGGACUGGGAUUAGCGCCAGGCGGGCACAUUAGUAUGGAAUACGAAAUGAUGACACCUACUGCAGAAGAGACAGGCAUACAUCAAAACCAAUUGACUAGCCCACAAAAGUCCAAGAGCCCACUACAAAUCAUACGAGUCGAGUCUCCUGAUAGGAGUAUUGAAGCGGCGAGAAGUGGAUCACCGGGUGAAAGGCAUAGUCACGGUCUGCACUUGCGAAGGGGUUCCAAACGACUUUUAACGAAUACUCAAGAAUCUCUAAUUUUUCCGCCGCGACGGCCCAAAAGAAAAGUCUACAACUUGAACUCGAAAGCGGCCGUGGAUUGGGAUGAAGACCUUCGGCCCAGUGAUGAAGCCGAUGAGACUGAGCCUCCACCGAAGCGUCUUUCUCGGGUUGGUUUUACCUCUGUAACAUCGCUGAUAUCAUCUCCAUUUCCCGGUGAUGAACCUUUAUUUCGGCCGAAGCCCAAAGGACCAUUGAAACGGCAGAAACCUACAAAGGCGAAGUCUUUGGCCACUAGGAAAAAAGAAUAUACAAGGAAGACAAAGAGCAGAAGAAGGAAGAAGGAAGAGCCCAUCCCAAAACCACGUCUACAACUUGACAUUGCUUGUCAGACCUCCCAGAAACUUCAUGAUGAAAGGUAUGGGGACACUGAAAUGACUAAUGAUAACGGACUAUGUCUCACCGAUGGUGACGAACAAACCCAAAUCAACGUUCUCGACGGAUUGCCAAAUUUAGGAAUUGAAGUCGCAGGAGUUCUUGCUGAGACUGACACCAUCCUUGUGGAUGUUGCAGACACGAGCAAGUCUAUGCUGUGCAAUGAAGACGGUGACCUUGCAGGAAGCACACCCGAAACGAUGCACCAUACCGACGCAGACCUGGGCCAAAGCGACGAGGAGCGAGCAAGCAAGGUUAGCAAUGAGUUAAACCAGAACCUAAGCCAGGAUUUUGAGCAACGCGAAAGUCUAAAUGAAGGAAGAGGGUUGGCUAUGGGAAAGAGGCUUGCAGCGGCUUUACGAGGAAGCGCAGCCACGUCACACGAAGCAGGCCACCAUGAUGCAAGCCGUAUUGAUAUUGAUGCGAAUGGGAAAAUCGACAACAAUAGCUCCUUGGAGACAGUUUCGCCUGCUCAUUCAGCAACCGCCCAAGACGUAGACAUCGUGCCUACGGCGGAAGAAUACAAUGUUGACAGCGUCAAUUCAACAUGUGUGACAGAUACCCAAGUAACUGAUGGAAUUGCCACGCCGACUCUGAUACCACCAGAACAACCUAGCCUACAAUAUACUAAGGAAGUUCUACACGCACCGACCGAGGGAAGCAACCGAUCUGACAGUGAGGCAUUGAACAAAGAAUCCAAAGCUGAGAAACUCCGAUACUCUGACAUUUUUCCUAAAGAGAGUUCUUCACAUGCGCACUCUACAUGUCAGACUCACCAAAGGCCGUUGCACUCGGUUCCUGCGCCGAGGAGCGAUGACUGUAUAAAGUGCAGCACAGUUGAGGGAAAAACAGGUCUCACCGCGACUAUCAGUCCCUGCGAAAGGACGUCACCCGUCAAGACAGACACUCUGCCUAACAUAUUCCGUGCUAAUUCCCAAGCUCAGCUUAGGCAUCCCAAACGGCCAAGUGAAAUCUCGAGAACAACUAUCGUGGACGGGAAUGGGAGCCCAAGACUUUUCCCGCAGACCGAACAUGGUCAUCAAUCCCGUAGCCGGUAUAUUUGGCCAAAAAAGGAACGAAUAUCACCGAUAGCCAAGUGUAGCAGCCCAGCUCACUCCACAAGCUCAGAGAUAGUGUCACAGGCUCAGUCAUUGAAUAAUGACCUGAUUCGUGCUUUUGUUGUUUCCCGCGAAAAACUCGGUAUCCACUCGGGAAAGGGUGCACGGGAGAAGUGUGCCAUUUCUAGAGAGUCGACUGUGGCGAGAUCGGAAUAUGCCACGGAUUACUCUAGUAUGGAUGAUUCCUCUUUCAAUACGGUGGAUUGCACGAUUGCAGCGCGUCUUGACAAUGGUAAUGAAGCGACUCCCCCAGUACUCAUCUCCGCAGCAGAUGCGGGAUUGACCCAGCAGGAUGAUAGAGAGACCGCCGAUCGAGUAAACAAGCUGUCUCCAAAUCGUGAUAGGCUGCAAGUCCAGCCAAAAACAGGUCAACACCGAAGGGAGGUGAACAAUACCACGGAUCACCCCGUACUGCUGCAGAGGGUGCAUGAGAUGGCACGAAAUGAGUUUUCUGCCUCUAACAAGGUAAGCUCAGCUGACCGCAAGGAGGAUCUUUUAUGCCAAUUGGAGCAAGAGCGGAAGACCAUCACCGAGGCCUUGGAGACGUAUCGUCAACAGUGUCACCGAGUACUGGAUCAACUCUUCGAGGCCCAGAAAGAGCAAAUCAGAGUGUGCCGGGAGCAGAUGGAGGGGGUGCAACGACACCACGCCGACAUCUGCAGGGAGGUUACCGAUCGCCUGGAAGCAAACGAAAGAUCGCUGCUCACGAGCGCUGAGUGGGAACUGUUCAAGUGUGGCUCGGAGAGACCGAUCAGACCUUCGCCACGCCGAGAUCCCUCCGCUGUGCAGUCACCCAGGGAAUAAUUACGAAAAAAACAAAUAAAAAAAGGGCCGCGGACGGGUGAGCGGAUCAUGGGGACCCAUCCAGUCAGACACGCAUCAGAGUCUUCG